AUGAAUCAACAACAUGCUCUGAGUAUUUUAGUAUUGGGACUCACACCAAGUAUCCUUGAUUCUAUUGAUAAGCGACUUAUUGCUCGAGGUAUUGAUGCUAAGUCACUCGCAGUUACCAAUACAUCAUCGACCGAUGCUGAAAUUGCUCGUGUUGCAAGUUCAAAAAAUUGGAAUGGUGUUAUAGUUGGAUAUGGCGUACGAAAUGAUAGUGAAUGGUUUGAACGUUUGAUGCAAAUUAUACACAAUGCAAAUCCAAAUAUUGCAUUGAUUCAUCACCAUGGUCCAGAUGAUGUUGAAAAUGCUAUCGAACGUCACUUCAAUAUUCAAUUACCACUCAUAACAUCUCAGUAG